UGUCACCACUUUUCGUAAUGCUAAACAGCCGGAGCGUACCCCCCUGGACUCGCCGAUGUGAUCGCAUUCCUUGGAUCGCAGCUUCUUACGUAGACUGACCAGAGUCCGUAAGAGUAAUGGCUGUGGCAGAAAAGCACAGUUUUGGCCUUGAGCCCAUCACCACUCAUGCCUGGAACUCAACAAGGAAUAAGGUGGCGCUGUCCCUCAACAGCAAGGACGUGGCGAUCUACGAGCGGAGCGGCGGCGACUGGCGCCGGGUCGACCAGCUGGACCAGCACGACCUGCGCGUGACAGGCAUCGACUGGGCGCCCAAGUCGAACCGCAUCGUCACCUGCGCCGCAGACAGGAAUGCAUACGUGUGGACUCAGGAGGCCGGCGGCAAGUGGCGUCCGACACUCGUCCUGCUACGCAUCAACCGCGCUGCCACCUGCGUCAAAUGGUCUCCCGAAGAGAACAAGUUUGCCGUGGGCUCCGGCGCGCGCCUCAUCUCCGUGUGCUACUUCGAGCAGGAGAACGACUGGUGGGUGAGCAAGCACAUCAAGAAGCCGAUUCGCUCGACCAUCACCAGCCUCGACUGGCACCCCAACAAUGUGCUGCUGGCCGCAGGCAGCACCGACUUCAAGGUGCGUGUGUUCUCGGCCUACAUCAAGGACAUCGAGGGUAAGCCGAGCGCCACGUGCUGGGGCACCAAGAUGCCGCUGGGCCAGCUGAUGGCGGAGGUGAGCGGGUCGGCGGCCGCCGGAGGAGGCGGCUGGGUGCACGAUGUCCAAUUCUCGGCGAGUGGUCAGCAACUGGCCUGGUGCGCCCACGACUCGUCAGUUAGUGUGCUGGAUGCUGCCGAUGGAAACAAGGUGAUUACGCUGCGCACGGACCAGCUGCCAUACCGCAGCAUCAGCUGGGUGGGCGCCAACGCCCUGGUGGCCGCCGGCUACAGCUGCUGCCCCAUGCUGUACGUCAUCGAGGGUGACGCCAUCAAGCUGGCCGCCAAGCUGGAUCAGGCGCAGAAGAAGGAGGGCGGUGGGGUCAGCGCCAUGCGCAAGUUCCAGUCGCUGGACAAGCAGUCGCGCUCGGACGCGGACGAUACUUCACUGGCCACGCUGCACCAGAACUCGAUCUGCGUGACGCGUGUGUUCGAGGGAGACCGCAGCAGCGCUCGUCGGAUCAGCACCAGCGGCACGGACGGCCUGCUGGUCAUCUGGGACGUUCAGUCUCUGCAGUCGUCGAUGGCCGGACUGAAGAUCAAAUAAGGGAACAAAUAAGUGCGGCCGUCACUGCGUAUCCGACCAGCGGUGACGGUCCAACAUUCCACCGGAGCCAGCGCCAAAUGAAGCUCCACCAUACCCGAUUUGAGCCUUUUUCUAAUCAUAAUCCAGACUUUUGUAUCAAUGCUUAAGGUCGGAAAAUGGCAUAUGCGCCUUGUGUUAUACGAUGAUUAAAGCAAUCUUGCUUGACAAGUGCAGACAGCUUAUGAGCUGUCUAGGUUAAUUCGCUGCUUUUCUCGGUACAAGCUGACUUGUGAAAUAUAUUUGCCUUGUGAAA